GUCCGGUGCUGAGAGGGGGGCGAUCAGAUCAGAUCAUCGCUCACCAUCAGGGGGAGACAACGUCAGCUCGGCCGGAGCAAGGGAAGGGCUUUUCAUCCACACAACCAGCUUGAGUGUUUUUUUUUUUUUCCACGGCUUUAAUACUAAUAACUUGUAUUCAACACGAACGGCUAAUUGUUUCUGCGACACUUUUAAUCCGAUUCAUGAGCGCCGUUCGUUUGCACCGACUCAUGAUCGCCGCCUCGGCUGCUUUGGGCGUCCUCCGCUCGGCGUGAAAUGGGAUGACAUGGGAUUGUUCAUGCCGAGCCAUAUCUUGAGGAUCCUGGGCUUUGCCUUAGUGUUCCUCCCCGUCGCCAUAUUGGCGGACUCUGAAGAUGUAAAGUGCGAGAACGUGUAUAAGGACUUCUCCGACUGCGUCCUGGAGCUGGGGGAGAGCAUGGACAACUAUCAGGAGAACGUGACCAGCGAGAGGGGAGUAGCGGCUGUGUGCAGCCACUGGGAAGCUUUCCACACGUGUGCCCUGACGGCGUUGUCCGACUGCCAGCAAGAAGUCAGCUCCAUCUGGGAGACGCUGAGGCAGGACUCCCAGAAGAUGCGCUUUCAGGGGAGCUUGUUCGACCUGUGCAGCCCCAGCUCGUCUCCUAGCAUGAGUUCGCCCGUGGCGGCGUUGACCUUGCCCCUCACCGCCAUGUUGCUCACAACCGGGCCCAGAUGGUCCUUCAUGUAGGGGGCCGCUGAAGGGGGGUGGAAGUACUUAGGUAAGGGACACCGGGGGUUCAGUCUUCCCAAGCACAACUAAAGCCAAGGAGUAUCUUAAUAAGUCAAUCCUACAUACUAAUAUUAUUCAUAUUAGUGUGAUUUUUAAAAGCAAUGUUAACACGUCAAAACGGUCAAAAGACUCAGCAGUUAGCUUUAGCAUCCCCUGCGUCAGUACGCUGAAUAUGACACUGCAGCUAGCUAGUUAGCUUAGCUUUGAAUAUACGGUUACUACAACUUGAUUUUACACUUCAACUCUAUUAAGUGAUGAGAACUAAAAUGAUAAAAACACAACAAGUCACUAUACCACAAAAAAAAGAAGCUAAGUAGAUUCUGUACCUUAAAUUAGGAUAUUGCUAAGCUAGGCUAACUAUCGUAUGUUCAAAAUCAGAUAUCUAUGUUUGACCUAAAUAUACUCUUAUGUCAAACAUGUCCUUAUUUCACAGUCAUAUUUUAAAGUAAGAAUCAAAACAUUUGUUGGCCCAAAACUUUUAAAUCAAUAUCAGAAUUCGUUUUCAUUAGUUUGAAUCCAGAUUAGAGUUUCAACAAACCAUUACUUUAGUAAUUGAUUAAUUGGUCGAUUAUUUUCUAGAUUAAUCGUAUUUUUUUUUUUGCUAUUCAUUUGUUUGAAUCCAGAUUAGAGUUGCAACGAACCAUUACUUUAGUAACUGAUUAAUUGGUCGAUUAUUUUCUAGAUUAAUCGUAUAUAUUUUUUUUGCUAUUCAUUUGUUUGAAUCCAGAUUAGAGCUGCAACAAACCAUGACUUUAGUAACUGAUUAAUUGGUCGAUUAUUUUCUAGAUUAAUCGUAUAUAUAUAUAUAUUUUUUGCUAUUCAUUUGUUUGAAUCCAGAUUAGAGCUGCAACGAACCAUUACUUUAGUAAUUGAUUAAUUGGUCGAUUAUUUUCUAGAUUAAUCGUAUAUAUUUGUAAAAAUGUAAAAAAAGUCACAUUUGAGAAACUAAAAUCAGGAUAUUUAGUUUAUUUAAAAAUGAAAACGAUUAAUUGAUGAUCAAAAUAGUUGUCGAUUAAUUGGCUCAUCGAUCAAUCAUUGAUUAAUCAUUGCAGUAAAAUAUUUAUUCUUGACUGUUAUCGCAAAAUUAAAAAAGGUUGAAAUAAUAAAUAGGUGGAUAUUGUAAAAUACGACAAUCAAAUUGUUCCUUUACCGUUACCCCCCCCCCCCCCCCCCAUUUGUGGUUGCUGUUUAUUGCUGCUUGCUCAGACACCCAAAAGGUAUCUGUGCUUUUGUGCAUGUUAAUGAUUUUUAAAUCUUUUUAAUUUGCUAUUUAGCUGUUUACAAGGCCAAUAAGUCAAAUAAUACAUUUUGUAACACAGGGGCAUUUUUUGUUGAAAAAUUAAAUUUUAUACUGUACUGCUCUAGAAAUAGAUUACAAGAUGUAAAUUAGAAAAAUUCCAAGUUUAGCUUCUUCAUUUAUAUAUUUCACAUGUGUAAUCGAUUAGAUUUUGAGUGCUGUUUUUUUCCAUAUUUUCAAUAUAAUAAUCACAUGAUUAUUUUGUUUUAUUUUGCAUCAUUCCUAACUAUUUGUUGCAUCUAAUCGAUAAACGGUCACAAAUGGUUUAAAUUAGGAAAUUUGCAUUGAUAGACCCCCAAUUUGCACAGUACUAAAUAGUCGUGUAGACUUGCUGGUAAUGAGCAGCAGCAGCAGCAGCGUCUAUUUUUAGCAUCACCGUGCUGUCCAUGCCAACGUUUCCAGCAAAUGCUAUCAUUUGUUUCUCUUGCCAUAUAAAAAUAAAAUGCAUGACCAUUUUUUUUUUGUGAGUGUGCUGCAGAUAAUCCAAGAUUCCGUUAAUUUUUUUCUGAUUUGUGCAUGAAGAUAUAAGACUAUAAAACAACCUUUUUUUUUUUUUUUUUUUUUUAACUUCAUCAGCCACCUUCUCGCUCUAUCGGCAUGUUUGUUUCAAUUCACUCGUUAUUGUUAAGCAGGUGCUAGCAUGAUGUCAUCCAUUGUGUGUCUGCGGUGGUGAGAAAUAUCCGAUUGUCCUCAAAGCAUGAGCAAUACGGUCAUAUUUUCAGAGAGGACUCCCUGUGUAUUUGAAGAACGCAUGAAAAAUUAUAUUUGAUAAGGGGGAAUACAACUCUGAAUGUAUAUUAUAAAAUAAAAUGUUUUUUUUUGUGUCUGCUAAGAGGAAAAAAAAGCACAUUAUUUAAGAGACUGUAUCAAUAAGAAGCAAUAUAUAGCAAAGUAUUGUGUUUGUAAUAAAGCACCAGCACUGUAA